AUGCGUCUCCCAGCGGCAGAGUCCACCCACACCUCCACCCACCACACCACCGCCACCACCAUGAGCUGUGAACAGGAGUUUGGAGACGGGGCCAUGGGAGUCACGCUCACGCUGCGCCUCCUCAUGCACGGGAAGGAAGUCGGAAGCAUCAUCGGCAAGAAAGGGGAAACAGUGAAGAGAAUACGAGAAGAGAGCAGCGCGAGGAUCAACAUCUCAGAGGGAUCCUGUCCGGAGAGGAUCAUCACCAUCACAGGACAGACGGACUGUGUGUUCAGAGCCUUCACCAUGAUCACAUUCAAACUGGAGGAGGACCUGGCAGCCUUGGUCGCCAACGGCACGGUGACCAGCAAGCCUCCGGUCACCUUGAGGUUGGUCAUCCCGGCCAGCCAGUGCGGCUCUCUCAUCGGCAAGGGCGGCUCUAAGAUCAAGGAGAUCAGAGAGACGACAGGUGCACAGGUGCAGGUGGCAGGUGACCUCCUCCCCAACUCCACAGAGAGAGAGGUGACGAUAUCAGGGAGCCAGGACGCCAUCAUCCAGUGUGUCAAACUCAUCUGCACUGUAAUCCUCGAGUCUCCACCAAAGGGAGCGACUAUUCCGUACCGGCCCAGCCCGACCCCAGGAACCGUGCUGCUGGCAGGAAACCAGGUGUUCGAGGCGUCAGACUUUGGAUCUCACCCCCUGUUCUCAGUGGCACAGGGAGGAGUGGACCUGCAGCAAACAUACGCAGUACAGAGUCACUACGGCAUUCCACAUUCAGAGUUAGCAAAACUCCACCAGCUGUCAAUGCAGCAACAGGGCCUGGCCCCCAUCAGCCAAUCAGCUGCACAAGUUCUCCCAGGAGGGGUGGAUGCCACCUCCCAAACCACGUCUCAGGAGCUCCUCAUUCCAAACGAUCUGAUCGGCUCAAUCAUCGGUCGCCAGGGCACCAAGAUAAAUGAGAUCCGGCAGGUAUCAGGAGCUCAGAUCAAGAUCGGCAGUCAGCUCGACAGCACCAGUGAUCGCCACGUCACCAUCACCGGCACACCCAUAGCCAUCAACCUGGCUCAGUACCUGAUCACGUCAUGUUUAGAGACCGCCAAAUCCACCGCCCAGUCCUCCUCCAUGCAGUCUCCCGUUGACCUGACCAUGAGCUUCACCCAGCCCGCCCCCCCUGCCUCUGCCUCGUCCUCCUCCUCCUCCCCUCUGGCAGCGAUGGGCGCCGCGCUGCCCCAUGCUCCCAUCCUGGGUGCUCCUUACGCCCUCCCCCUCUCCAGCCUCCUGGGGAUGAAAUCCAUCCCUUACCUGGCACUCUCCACCCCUCCCGCCUCAGCAGCGGCGGCGGCGGCGGCGGCCGCUAUCGGGGCUCCCAUGUUACCGAGUUCCAUGCAGACAGCGGCGACGGCAGCCGUUCCCGUUCAGGCUCACGCGGCGGCGGCCCUGGCGUCCUACACGGCCAAGAUCUCAUCCUCGGCCAAUGGGAUGAAGAAGCCGGAGAGACAGAAGUUUGCUCCGUAUUGA